AUGACAAGGGGGAAAAAGCGCACUCCGCCACUCUGUGGAGUGCCGGAGCGGCUCGGAAUAAAUUCAGCAAAGUUCCUUUCACGUUUAAAUGAUAACACAAGUAUAUUUGAUAUAUUCAAUGAAGACAUUGAUGAACAUCGAGAAUUAAAAGAUAUAAGAGAUGAAGCCACAGCAAAAUUAGAUCAACAGUACUUAGUAAAAAUGGAUAUUCGUUUAAGUUUUGAUUCAUUAAAAGAAACAAUACAAGAAAUGGCAUAA